AUGCAGGACUCUAAAUCAAUUGUCCAUGAAUACCCACAAGCAGUGUCUGACAGUGAAAAACGCUUUGACAAUUCCCUUCAAGAACUUAGAGACUUGCGUUCUCAGCUUUACUAUGCUGCUGAUUACUGCGAAGAGGCCUUCUUGACCUCGAAAAAGAAGAGAAUUGUAUUGGAAAACACCAAAGAGUACCUGUGCAGGGCUGUUGUCACAGUUGUUGAUCAUCUGGGAUGUGUCUCAGCUAAUCUUGAUUAUAGGCUUUCUGAGAGCAAUCAAGUUUCUGAAACAGAACUCCGGAUUGACUGUUUGAAACAAGUUAGCACUCUCUACUGA